AUGGAACACACGAUUUUUCUAUUGCUAAUAACUUACAGUGAAGCUCGAAUUUUCUGUGAAAAAGCAAAAAUUCCUUUAGAAGAAGGAGUUUGGAGUCAUGACCUUCAACAUAUGGACGCAGCAGUAGUGGAAAACCGGCCAGUAUCAAUCACCGAAGGGCAAAUUUACGUGUACGAAAAUUAUUUCCCAGGGUAUAUGAUUAAAUAUAUUAACGUGGAUAAUUUGGCUAUGAGAUCCUGCGGUGCCAGUGCUUCAAUUAAGAAAGGCGGUGUAGGCUUUUCCUCUGUGUUAAUCGUUCUACACGCAGAAAGUAAUCAAGAGAUUAGAGCUGUUAUCGACAUUUGGGGUACAAAAAACUAUGAACCGAAGAUACACAAGGUGAUAAUAGACGAUGAUAUAAAAAAUAUGAAGUCGCUGCAUUUAUUUAAAGGUGUAAGAGUAGUGCAUCAUAACAAAGGAUAUUAG